UUCUUCUCGCACUAUUCUUUCUUCGCCUUCUAGGAAGCCCCACGAUCCCGCAAGGCGGUCACUACAUCCCAUCCUACUCCCAUCUCUCCACAAGCAUAAAUAAACACCACAAAGGCGUCUUCUCCUCCCAUCCAACCAUCCUUUCUUUGAACUCCGAUCCAUGGCGAGCCAAGACAUCUCCAACCUCGUUAUCAUCCGCGAACACCUCUUCGGCGACGCUGCCGACAUCCUAACCGGCCUGGAGUCUCCCGCGCAGACGACAUCACUGACGGAAGCGGAAAUCACCCCAAUUCCCGGCGAUCUUAGCAUCUCCGACUACCUGGAAGACCCCGAUACUGUUCCGCGCGGCACCGGGUUCAGAUUCCAGGAACCCGCGCAAACGAUGAUCCGAUUCGGCGGCGACCGGUUGGAGGUAGGCCUCAAGCUCAGUGUCCCUCACACCGCUGCUCCGAAGGUAGAGUGGAUAGACGGUUCUGUCGAUGAUAACCGGGCGCCGGAGAUGCUCGACGGUAACCGGUACCGUGGCGUCAGACAGAGGCCAUGGGGGAAGUUCGCGGCGGAGAUCCGCGAUCCUAAACGCCGGGGAUCUAGGGUUUGGCUCGGAACAUUUGAUACCGCGGUGGAGGCCGCGCGGGCGUACGACCGCGCCGCAUUCAAGAUGCGCGGAAGCAAGGCCAUUCUCAACUUUCCAAAUGAGGUUGGUAGCUCGGCGGAUUGGGUUCAUCCGCCUCCAUCCGCGGCGGCACUACCAAUGCAGCCGGAGAAGAGGGGGAGAGAGAUUGAGAAAGAAGAACAGAGGGUAGUGAAGAAGGAGAGAUUGGAGGAAUCUGAGUGGAAUAUUCUGGCUGAAGAACCGUUAACCCCGUCAAUCUGGUCUGCGGUUUGGGACGGGACGGAUGCGAAGGGAUUCUUCAGCUUGCCGCCGCUCUCUCCACUGUCUCCCCACCCGCAACUGGGAUUUCCGCAGCUGAUGGUUAUUUAAAACUUAACGGUGGGCGUUAUGACGCCGUUAGGUACUACGUUAUAUGUAAAUCAACAAUAUUAAAAAAAAUUGUUAUUAUUAGGAAAAUUAUUUGUGAGUUUGAUCGCAUGGGUUGUAGUUUGUACAAUUGUGUGCUAUAUUCUUAAUUCAUUCGUUUUGAGAAGUCUCCCUGUAUUCAUAUGUAAAAAUUUGAAUGUUUUGUAAUUUGAGUUUUAUCAAGCGUGUAAUAUUUUAAAAAA